GUCCCCAUCACGCUGGGCGUCUUCCUUAACUCCUACUACGAUGUGAAGUUCAACGUCCUCGGGAUCGUGUUCGCCACCUUGGGUGUCUUGGUGACCUCCCUCUACCAAGUGUGGGUGGGAGCUAAGCAGCAUGAGUUGCAGGUAAACUCUAUGCAGUUGCUGUACUAUCAGGCACCAAUGUCCUCAGCUAUGUUGUUGUUCAUCAUACCCUUCUUUGAGCCAGUCUUUGGAGAAGGGGGAAUAUUUGGGCCCUGGACACUUUCCGCUGUGAUAAUGGUACUGCUGUCUGGGAUAAUAGCCUUUAUGGUAAACUUGUCCAUUUACUGGAUCAUUGGAAAUACGUCACCUGUCACGUAUAACAUGUUUGGACAUUUCAAGUUCUGCAUUACCCUCCUGGGAGGGUGCCUCUUAUUUAAGGAUCCACUGUCUGUUAAUCAAGGCCUUGGGAUUCUGUGCACAUUGUUGGGCAUUUUAGCUUACACUCACUUCAAGCUGAGCGAGCAGGAAAGCAAUAAGAGUAAAUUGGUUCAGCGUCCAUAAAGCAAGAGUUUCUGGAGAUUAAUAAUAUUGUGAAGGAAAACAAGUCUUUAAAUAUGCAUUGGUUCUAGAAUGCACAAAAUUGCCUCGUUCAUUUAGAUCUAUGGUUUUAGUUUAACUACCAGGAUCAUUAUUCUGUAACUAAAGUAAAUGAACUGAAUUAUGUAAAAUGCUGGGAUUUUGCCAUCUCAGUCCAUCCUGUUGUUUUCAUUAAGUCUAAAUGGUAAC